AUGACUAUCAGCAAUGCUGCCCUGAUCGUGAUCGUUCUUGUUUGCUGCCUUUCAUCAGUUUCGCUCGCAGCGGCUAUGUUUGGCCAUUAUUCCGUUCCGCGCAAUCCCCGAUGGUCACCGACAAUCGAACAACAACGAUACAUGCGCGAUGUACGAAUGAGAAACUUGGACAUUCUCAAUGCAGAAAGCAGAACCAGACAUCCGAGGUCUUUAGGGACGGACCAGACUAUGAACAUGGACGAAAGCUCUUCGACAGACCUCGAGGCCCAAUGCUUGGCAGGCACUAAAGAAUAA